GGGUCUGUCCCGGGGAAAGUUGUGUCCGAGCUACCGGCGGCUCAGGCGGGCACCGGGGCCGGCACCGGGAGUGAAACCAGCACCGGGAGUGACGCUGGGACCAGGAGCAACACCAGGACCGGGGCUGACGCUGGGACUGACACAGGCACCGGGACCAGGACUGGGAGCGACACCGGGACUGACACAGGCACCGGGCCCGGGUGCUCGGGCGGCCCUGGGCGCCGCCGAUGACCCUAAACACGCAGCGCGGGAGCCACAGCCCGCUGCGGCGGAGGGCCAGCACCCCUGUGCCGCGGCCGGGGGUGCCCGGGGCGCCGGGGGUCUCCUGCCACCCGCAGCUGGAGCAGCGCGCCUCCGAGCCGGGCGCCAGGGCCGGGGCUGCCCGCGGCAGUUGGUCCUCCGAGUCCUCGGGCUCGUCCGGCGCCUGGGAGCCGCUGUACCGCGUGGUGCUGCUGGGAGACCCCGGCGUGGGCAAGACCAGCCUGGUCAGCCUCUUCGCCGGCGUCCAGGAGCGGGAUGUGCUGGAGCAGCACGGAGAGGCUGCCUACGAGCGCACACUGUGUGUAGAUGGUGAGGAGACCACGCUGCUGGUGAUGGACACGUGGGAGCCGGAGCAGCGGGGCGAGGGGGGCCAGCGCCGCAGCCAGUGCCUGCAGGUGGGGAACGCCUAUGUCAUCGUCUACUCCGUCACGGACCGGGGCAGCUUCGAGAGCGCCUCAGAGCUGCGCAUCCAACUGCGCCGCGCGCGGCAGCCCGAGGACAUCCCCAUCAUCCUGGUGGGCAACAAAAGCGACCUGGUGCGGAGCCGCGAGGUGUCCGUCGAAGAGGGCCGUGCCUGCGCCGCCGUGUUCGGCUGCAAGUUCAUCGAGACGUCGGCGGCUCUGCAGCACAACGUGGCCGAGCUCUUCGAGGGGGUGGUGCGGCAGCUCCGCCUGCGCCGCGGGGGCAAGGAGCCCCGUGCGCGCCCUGCGCCGCAGCACAGGCGCAAGGAGAGCCUCACCAAGAGAGCCCGGCGCUUCCUCGACAGGCUGGUGGCCAGGAACAGCAGCAAAGUGGCCCUCAAGUUCCGCUCCAAGUCCUGCCACGACCUGUCUGUGCCCUGAGAGCCGCCGGCGCCUGCCCAGCGCUCUGCACACGCGGGCUGGGACUCUCCUCUCCACCAGCAGCGUGGCCGGUGGCUCCAUGGAGAGCUCAGACAGGGCCAGAGCGAUGCUGAGGAUGUGGAGCUGGUUUAACCAGUGCUGAGGGAUGCUCAGGGUUGCUCUGGAUCCGGCCACAUCCCUUCCAGGAGUGGGGACCAGUGGAUCCAGGUCUCCUGGGCUGCGGAGCAGAGGGUGGGAUGAGCAGCUGCACUUGGGAUGGUGGGAUCCUGGGUUACGGAUGCUCCUGGGGAGCAGAGGUGAGGGGUGGCCGUGCCCUGGGAGCGUGGCAGGUCCCACUCGUGGUGCCCAUCCUUUGCAGCGCAGCAGGGACUGGCGAGGGCACCAUAGUGGUGGCAACCUUGGGGACAUCCUGGGGCCUGGUUGUGGAGAAGGACCAGGGGAGCACGAGCAGCAGUGCCUGUGGCUGUGUCCCAUAUCUCCCUGGCUCUGGUGGUUCUCAGAGCGAGGUUUUUCUGCUCUCUCUGUACUGGUGCAAUGGGAAAAAACCUCGAUCUGCAGAAUAAACCCCAUCAAGGGGUGCUGGUCUCUGCUGAGUCCCUGCUGUGGGGAGCAGCAUCCUGAAGCCACGUGGACAGAU